AGUUUUGCAAGAUCCGAAAGAGCAGAUGAUAGUUUAGUUUGUUGGGACUAUCGGCAUGGAAGAGUCGAGCUGCAAACCUCACCCCAACAAUCUCCGCAACGCCGCGGUUGCGCUUCUUGUUCCUCUCCCUUCACUUCUCUUCUAUCUCUCCUUCCUCCGCCGCUGCUCCGCCACAGAAUCACCCGAAUCGCUCUCUCCCCUCUGGGCGUGGUGCUACCACCACCCCCUUCUCUUAGCCAACGCUCUCUUCUUUCUUAAUGUCAAUCUACUCUUUUGGCUUGUGGGUCUUCUCCAAUCCAGCCACUGGAUGAUAGAUAUGUAUUGGACGGUGAUACCUGUAAUGUUGGUACACUACUUCGCAACCCAUCAAAUUGCAGAAUCCAAUGGUUUAAGAUCGAGGCUCGUGAUUCUUUUGACGUGGAUUUGGUCCUUGCGGCUCACUCACAGCUACUUCCGCCGCGAAAGAUGGCAGUGGGGUGCACGAGAAGACUGGAGAUUUAGCGAUUUGCGGCGUCAAUUCGGCACAAACUGGUGGUGGAUGUCAUUCUUUGCUGUCUAUCUUUCGCAGCAGGUUUUCUUGAUCGCAAUAUGCUUGCCUCUCUAUGUUAUCCACACAAAAGACAGCCAGAUUAAUGCCUGGGAUGUUGCUGCUGCACUAGUUUGCUUAACUGGUGUCACGGUUGCAUAUUUUGCUGAUACGCAGCUUCACAAUUUCGUUAGCUGCAACGAGAGGCGGAAACAGCUCAGACAGUCAUUAGUGCCGAAUCUUGAUGAGGGUAUGUGGUACUACUCACGCCAUCCAAACUAUUUUGGCGAGCAGCUGUGGUGGUGGGGAUUGGCGGUCUUUGCUUGGAACUUGGAUUCUGGGUGGAGUUUAUAUGGUGCAUUCGUUAAUAGUUUGUGCUUGGCCUACGUUACGAUUCUUGUCGAGGAGCGGAUGUUGAAACAGGAGUACAGGGCUCAGGCAUACAAGAAGUAUCAAGAAACUACGUCUGUUUGGAUACCUUGGUUCAAGACAUCCUCGGCAGGGAAAGAGAAUUGAACAUGAUUGACAUAUGUCCCACGUUUCUCCGAGUAUGUCCACAUCUACUUUCAUUGCUAUUGUAGCUUUUCAUUUUGUCAUGUUGCUUUGUAUUUGAAAUGAAGUUGAUUUUCUGUUAAUCUCUCAUGUUUCCAUUGGACUUUACUUGGUAUUAGCCUGGUUGAACAUGUUAAGAAGAUCAUACAAAAAUUAAUCUUUCCAAUUAGCUA